AUGUUUGUGAAAUUACAAACGUGUGCGAUGAGGCUCAUCAUGAUGACCAUCAUCAUUUGCAAUGCACACACUUUGACACACACGUUACUGACCACAGAUUCCUCCAUUCAAAAUGGAGGAGAAGUUCUGCCCACCAUGUACAUUCAGAGAAUGAAUUCAUCCUCACCGUCCGAUUGGAAUCUAUUGAAACAUAAUUAUACAUUUAAUAAUAAUACAUUUCAAAACAAGAAUAAUAAUUGCACGAAUAGAGAAAAUCCAUGUCGAUCCAUUUUCGAAGCUGUCAAUGCUGUGUGGCAUCUCUAUGACCAUCAUGAAAUUUCUCGAAUGGCAGCUCGUUUCAUAUUAUUGUCAAGCAGUGAUGGAAACUGUUAUUAUGGAGGAGAACAAUGUCAAUUCAAUUACAAAGAUAGCAUGCUUGAGGAACUAAUUAUUCAAUCUGAAAAUGACCAAAAUAUAAUCACAUUGGACUGUGAACACCAUUUACUCUUUGAAGAAUUGCAAAUCACUACACUUACAUUUUACAACAUCCAUUUAGAGAGAAUUGGAUUUAAAACAUUGUCAAUGACAAGGAAUGACAAUUUCAGAACACAAGUGAGUGAAAGUAAUCAUUAUGUUUCCUCAAACAAUGGCCACACUAUUUUCAUGAUAGACACACGAGUAAGAAACUCGACAUUUAAUUUCUUAAAUUCAGUCACCUCUAAAUUCAAUCGCAGCAUCUUUGAAACGACAAAUAUAGUGCAUCACGACAAGUCUAGUUUUCACUUUUCCAAUUCUGAUUUUCAUGAUUUUCAAGUAGAAUCUCGUUCUCAAUACGUUAAACCAGUGUUAAGAAAUGAUUUUUCAUUUGUCAUUGAAGAGUGCAAGUUUUCACACUCAAAAUUGGUUAUUCAUGAAUUUUUUUGGAUCACGUUAAAGAAUGUCAUCUUUUACGACGAUAAUUAUUUGGAUUUUCUAUUUUCUGACAAUGCUGCUCUCAAUUAUAUUACCGCUUUUGGAAAAUUCCAUUUGAGGUUUAAGGGAAUUCCAUCGAUUGUGAUCACACAGAGCCAAUUUGAAAGAUUAGAGAAACAUUUUUUGCAACCUCACUCUCCUAGCAUUCAAGUCAUAACCGCUUCUGUCCUUGAAAUGUAUCACACAUUAUUUUUAAAUUGUAGGACGUCCUUAAUCAAUGUACAGGAUGUACAAAAAGUUUAUGCCAUCAACAUGACAUUUUAUAACAAUGUUGGUGAAACAUGUAUCAAGGCACAUUUGGGAGAUUUUAUGGGAGGAACAACUUUUCAGUUGUUACAAAGUACCAUCUCCAAUAAUACGUUUUCCACACAAAAUGCAUUAGAUUCUGUAGCAGCAGUUCUUGACGUUUCAGCUGAUCAAGUUGUCAUGUAUGAAUCUGAAUUUAGUGGCAAUAGGGCUUCCUACUCAAUCGUCAACAUUCUCAGUGCUUUGGAAUUAUUCAUCGAUCGUUCGACCUUUGAGAACAACACUGCAGAAUUAUAUGGUGGAGCUCUCUCUGUGAACUCUUUACAAACCAUAUUUCACAAUUCUUCAUGUCUCGAUAAUAGAGCCAUGACAGGAGGAUGUUUAUUCUUUCAAAAUCCUGAUCAGGUACAACAUUUGCAAAUGAACCAUGUAGUGAUGAAGGGAAAUAUUGGAGAAUCAUUUGGAACCAAUGUGGCGUAUCCUUUCUCAAAUGUGAAAUCUCAACUUGUCAUUUACUACACCUCGGAAAAUGUGACAAUUUUAAAGGCAGAUGCGUAUCACAUUCCUGAGUUAUUUCUCUAUCCUGGACAGACCAUUGAAACAAUGGAGUUAUUCUUGUGGAAUAAUGGAACCAUUAGAGUCAAUUUUUUGAGUUAUCCAAUCAAAUGCAACUGGAAUGAAAGGAAAGAUGCUUAUUUGAGCUACAGAAAUAAUCAUACCACAAGUCUGAACUCAUUUGCCAUCUCCCUUUUCAAUGCAUCGAUCCAACUCAUACAUGUGAAAAUGCUUCUCGAUUUUGAUUACGAACUUCCACUCCUCAUUCAUGUGAUGCCUUGUCCAGAAGGAACUGAAUUAAGCAUGCAUGGACUGCCAUCAGGAAGUCUGAUUUGCACGGCCUUUCCACAACCACCUCUAGCGAUCAUUGUUCCAUUAGUCAUUAUUGCAAGUUUUGUGUUCUUUCUAACUGCGACUGUGUUGAUCUAUUUUGUGGCUCGUGUGGGAAGAAACAUUUUCCAGAAAUUGAAACGAUUGGAAAGAAAGGAGAGUGCAGAGAAGAAAAUGGAAUCAAAAUUAAUCGAGAAACGAAUUGUGUUAAUGAAUGAAGAGAAAGAUCAGAAUGACGAAUGCUCUUCUGUAAACUACAUCAUGGCCAAUGAAAAAACGUCAUUACUGAGAAAUUCAACUCAACGUUUGAUCAGUAUCAACAAGGACAUUGAGGUUCGACAAUCAUCCAAUUCCUCAUCAUUCGUGAAAAAUUAUCUUGGAUUAUUUCAAUUGAUGAUAUUGAAAUUGAGAGGCGAAUCGGAGAGGGAUCAAGUGGAACAGUUUAUUUGGCCCUGUGGAAUGGCUCACAUGUGGCACUUAAAUCAUUGA